CGCCCCGCUGGGCUCGCGUCGCGGCACCGCGCUCCGGCCGGCCCGCUCGGCUCAGUGCUGGGCGCUCGCGGCCAUGCAGCGCCGGGGCGCCCUGUUCGGCGUGCUGGGCGGCGGCAGGAAGAUGGCUGCAGGCGACAUCGGCGAGCUGCUGGUGCCCCACAUGCCCACGAUCCGCGUGCCCAGGUCCGGGGACAGGGUCUACAAGAACGAGUGCGCCUUCUCCUAUGACUCCCCCAACUCUGAAGGUGGACUCUAUGUAUGCAUGAAUACGUUUUUGGCCUUUGGAAGGGAACAUGUUGAAAGACAUUUUCGAAAAACUGGACAGAGUGUCUACAUGCACCUAAAAAGACAUGUGAAAGAGAAGGUAAGAGGGGCAUCUGGUGGAGCUUUACCACAAAGGAGGAAUUCCAAGAUAUUUUUAGAUCUAGAUACUGAUGACGAUUUAAAUAGCGACGAUUAUGAAUAUGAAGAUGAAGCCAAACUUGUUAUAUUCCCAGACCACUAUGAAAUAGCACUACCAAAUAUUGAGGAGUUACCAGCCCUGGUAACAAUUGCUUGUGAUGCAGUUCUCAGCUCGAAAUCUCCAUACAGAAAGCAGGACCCAGACACAUGGGAAAAUGAAUUGCCAGUAUCUAAAUAUGCCAAUAACCUCACCCAGCUGGACAAUGGAGUCAGGAUUCCUCCAAGUGGUUGGAAGUGUGCCAGGUGUGACCUUCGGGAGAACCUCUGGUUGAAUUUGACCGACGGCUCCAUCCUGUGUGGAAAGUGGUUCUUUGACAGCUCUGGGGGUAAUGGGCAUGCGCUGGAGCAUUAUAGAGACAUGGGCUAUCCUUUGGCUGUGAAGUUGGGAACCAUCACUCCUGAUGGGGCAGAUGUUUAUUCUUUUCAAGAAGAGGAACCUGUUUUGGAUCCUCACUUGGCCAAGCAUUUAGCACAUUUUGGAAUUGAUAUGCUUCACAUGCAUGGGACAGAGAAUAGGCUCCGGGACAAUGACAUCAAGCCGAGGGUCAGUGAGUGGGAAGUGAUCCAGGAGUCGGGGACAAAGCUGAAGCCCAUGUAUGGCCCCGGGUACACGGGCCUGAAGAACCUGGGCAACAGCUGCUAUCUCAGCUCUGUCAUGCAGGCCAUCUUCAGCAUCCCAGAGUUCCAGAGAGCGUAUGUAGGAAAUCUUCCAAGAAUAUUUGACUACUCGCCUUUAGAUCCAACACAAGAUUUCAACACACAGAUGACUAAGUUAGGACACGGCCUUCUCUCAGGCCAGUAUUCAAAGCCUCCAGUGAAAGCUGAGCUCAUUGAGCAGGUGAUGAAGGAGGAGCACAAGCCUCAACAGAAUGGGAUCUCUCCACGUAUGUUUAAGGCUUUUGUCAGCAAGAGCCACCCAGAAUUCUCCUCUAACAGACAACAAGAUGCCCAGGAGUUUUUCUUGCACUUGGUGAAUCUUGUAGAGAGAAAUCGCAUUGGCUCAGAAAACCCAAGUGAUGUUUUUCGUUUUUUGGUGGAAGAACGUAUUCAGUGCUGCCAGACCCGAAAAGUCCGCUACACAGAGAGGGUGGAUUACCUGAUGCAGCUACCUGUGGCCAUGGAGGCAGCAACCAACAAAGAUGAACUGAUUGCCUAUGAAUUAACACGAAGAGAAGCAGAAGCAAACAGAAGACCCCUUCCUGAACUGGUGCGUGCCAAGAUACCAUUCAGUGCCUGCCUUCAGGCUUUUUCAGAACCAGAAAACGUUGAUGAUUUCUGGAGCAGCGCCCUACAAGCGAAGUCUGCAGGCGUGAAAACAUCUCGCUUUGCCUCAUUCCCCGAAUACUUGGUAGUGCAGAUAAAGAAGUUCACUUUUGGUCUUGACUGGGUUCCCAAAAAAUUUGAUGUUUCUAUUGAUAUGCCAGAUCUACUUGAUAUCAACCAUCUCCGAGCCAGAGGGUUACAGCCAGGAGAGGAGGAACUUCCAGACAUCAGCCCUCCCAUAGUCAUUCCUGAUGACUCCAAAGAUCGUCUGAUGAACCAAUUGAUAGACCCCUCAGACAUUGAUGAGUCAUCGGUGAUGCAGCUGGCUGAGAUGGGCUUCCCUCUGGAAGCCUGCCGGAAGGCUGUGUACUUUACUGGAAAUAUGGGAGCUGAGGUGGCCUUCAACUGGAUCAUUAUCCACAUGGAAGAGCCUGAUUUUGCCGAACCGCUGACCAUGCCUGGUUAUGGAGGAGCAGCGUCUGCUGGAGCCUCGGUAUUUGGUGCUAGUGGGUUGGAUAACCAGCCUCCAGAGGAAAUUGUAGCUAUCAUUACCUCCAUGGGAUUCCAGAGAAAUCAGGCUGUGCAGGCAUUACGAGCAACGAACAAUAACCUGGAAAGAGCACUGGAUUGGAUCUUUAGCCACCCUGAGUUUGAAGAGGACAGCGACUUUGUGAUUGAGAUGGAGAAUAAUGCCAAUGCCAACAUUAUUUCUGAGGCCAAGCCUGAAGGACCUAGAGUCAAGGAUGGCUCUGGAAUGUAUGAAUUAUUUGCAUUUAUCAGUCACAUGGGAACAUCUACAAUGAGUGGCCACUAUGUUUGCCAUAUCAAAAAGGAAGGAAGAUGGGUGAUCUACAAUGACCACAAAGUCUGUGCCUCAGAACGGGCUCCUAAAGACCUGGGCUACAUGUACUUUUACCGCAGAAUACCAAGCUAAAGCUCAGACCUGCAGUUUGGCGAGAAGAAGCCAUAUGCCUUUUUAAUUUGCCAAAAAAAAAAAGAAAGAGAAAAAAAAUAAGAAAAAAAUAAAAAGAAAAAAGUUGGAACAGCCAGAUAUGAAGAAGUACAUGGGGUAUUUAUAGUUUAUUUAAAGAGUACGAUCAUUUGACACCUUCUGAAACAGAACUGGGAAGAAAUUUCUAUUAGUGGUGAUACUCUAUUGUAGAUAGUUUUAUAAAUGUCCAAGAAGAGGGUGAUAUAAAUGAAGCUAUCCAUAUUGCUGGUGUGGCAUCUACCAUCAGCAUCUCAAAAAUGGGGAUGUGCCCCCAACCCUCUCUUUUGCUUUGGGGGCCAGUGGUAGUGGCCUCCAGAGAGGUCAGUCAAUGUGGCCAGUAGUGUGGCCUCAACUACAAUAAACAAAAAGCCCACUUUUGUUUCAUAUAGAAAAUCAGCAGCUGAGCUGGGCUUUAUCUGUGGCAUAGUUUCUUUUUUCAUUAUGCACAACAAUUUCUGGCCUACUCCUGUAUAAUAGAACAUCUGUAUUGAAAGCUAUUUUUAAUUUAAAUCAUAUCAGAAUUCAUAAUACAGUUGUGUGAAUGUGUAUGAGAAUAAGUGAGAGUGUGUGACCUUUAUAGUCCAAUAGAAAAUCUAUGAUGGUUGGUUUUUAAAGGAUAAAGAGUUGGUAUUAAGCAGACCUGGAAAAAGCAAGUAAGUAUAUUAAAAGAACUAUAACUCAGGAACAGUUUAAAAAAUUAAUUCCCCACUUAGAUUUUAAGGAGUGAAAAGGGCUGAGUGGUGUGGUUUAAAUGCUGUCAAGAAUUCCCCUGGGUCUGUGACAUCUGAUGGUAGAACACCAGAUGCCCACAGCCGUGCAGGGUUGUACUUUUCCAAAGGUAGAUGGAUGGAUUCUGUCUUUCUCAACAGCCCUUCCCUAAAACGUACAGUGGUUAUUUUUAGUUAGAACAGCAACUUCUCAUCACAGCACAUGGUAGCUCCCUGGAAUCACAUUAAAUGACCCAUAUUUGUCUCUCAUUUUCUCAUCUCUGAGCCCUUGGCCUGUCUCCGUUUCCAUGUUUUUCUGGGGCCGGUCUCCUCUCUGGCCUUUUUGUUUUGUCACCUUGUGACUUGCCCUUAGUGCUUAUUUGCUGUCACCAACAUUUUGGUCUUGGGCACCAUAGGGAUUUCAGAUGCAAAGAAACUUCAUAUGACACCUUCAAAGGCCAUCCUUUUCAUUUUGGUUAUUUUGGUAUUUUAGUCACAACGUGGGAUUAGAUCAGAGUUUCAAAUAUGAUACAAAAUGAAAUGACAGCAUUCUAUAAUUUUGUACUGCUUUGCACCAAAUUCCAGAGUCUCUGAAGUUUCUGUUUCAGAUAAUUCAGUCAAAUGAAAAAGGAUUUAUUGCUGCCUGCCUAACAAGAAACUGUAGGAGAAUAAAGCAGAACCAAUUGAAUAAAAUGAAUUAGGAUGUAGUAAGUUCAGGACAAUCAGGAUUCUGGUUGUGAUCGGGCCCUUGUCUCAUAGGAAGUCACUUAUGCCAUGUGAGUGAGGGACGAGGCUGGAGAUCUCGUGGCCUGGAGACCUGGGUGCUGCCCCUAACUGGCUGUGGACCUUGGGCAAGUCCCUCACUGUUCUCAUCUGCACAGUGGUGUGAUGACACCUGCCUUCUCUUUCCAGUCAUGCUUUGAGGUCGUGGGGAGAUCUGACAGGAUGAGUCUUUCCCAAGAGGAAGGUGGGUGCCAGGGUGGGUCCUAGUAGAGUCUGCUCCCUGCCUUCUCUCAUCUGAUGUUUUCUUCAAUUUGGGAACAAAUGAGACUGGCAGAAGGAAGGAGCUCAUGGUGCAGUAACUUUCUACUACACUGUGCCCACUGGUGUGGCCUUCUAGUGUUGACUUACAUCCCAAAGCAGUCCUACUCUGUUAUACAAGUCCCCAGCUCCCGUGAAAAUCCCCAUGCUAAGCAGCCUUACAAAUCCCAUCCUCUUAGGGCUGAGUGUCCUUCCAAACACGCAUCACAAAUGGCUUGUUUUCAAUGAUGUUGCAAACAAACGCCUUUUUUUGGGGGGGGCGGAGAAUAAUUGGGAAUUUAUAUUGAAAUGUGGACAAAGAUAGCAUGUGUAUUUUGAACAAAAAGAAAAUUUUAUAAUAAAACUUUGCAAAAUCAAUAGAGUAAAAUCCGCCUUUAAGAUGAUAGGCUGUAAACUAUUUCAUUUCCCUGUGUAGAAGAAGGAAGUUAGCCCUUUUGAUGCCUAAACAUAUUGUAAGAAAGUGUACUAUGGCUGCCUUUUUUUCUGCCUAACAAAACAAAGGGCUAUUUCUACAAGGCAAGGUUUUGUAUAUGUGCUACUCUUUAUUUCAUAUUGACAGUUGGGAAAAACUGGAGCAAACAAUGAGUUUCUGUCUUGUGUAAAGAUGUAUUUAUAUGUGUCUCUUAAUAUACACAAAGCAGGUUUCCCUGGAAUAACAAGGAGAUGUACUGCUUAAUGUUACACCUUUGUGUGUAGCUCAAAUUAUUUGUGACAGAGAACUGGAAUAAUGUGUGGAUUGUGUCAGCUAAUCAGCCUGUUAGGAAUCCUCAGUGUGAGGCAUGGUGGUGCAGUUGUGAAAUCCUCACUGUCCCUAGGUGUCUGUGUGAAAGACAGCGCUUUCUUCUUGUAAAUAUCUUUGAUAUCCAUCUGUGUACAAUCCCAAUGAAUGUGUCUUUGGAAAAUGUAAUGUAUCAAAGUUUUAAUUUUGUCAAUUGAUCUAAAUGCCCAGAUAACUAAUCCCAAACCCUCUUUUGUUCAGAUUUGUAUUUUUCUUUUAAAAGGACAGAAAAGUACAUAGAAAAGAUGAUUGGAAAACCUCAUGUUUUAGUGACAUUUACAUCAUUUUGUAUCAGAAUUUUGGAAUUGACUAGCCUCUUUUCUAGAACCUCCAAGAGAAUGUGCCUGCUAUUUCCCUAUUGCUCAUUUUGGGCUCCCUGUGUCUUUUAUUUCCUUUCCCUUUCCCUUUUAUUUUAUUUCCUUACCUGUGGCCCCCAGUGAGAGCCCCUGGAUUUGUAGUCUGACUCUAAGUGUGGUGGGGCUGAGUUACUGUACUUUUCUGAGACCCUUUCUUUAAAAUGACUGAGUUAGAGCAAAUGACCUCAGAAGUCCCUUCCUUGUCCUCAGAUCUCAUUCUAUUUUUAUUUUCCCGUGGUUACUACCAGAAGCAGACAUAUGAGAUACGGGGAUCAUUUAGAGGCGGAGAUGCUACAACUUAUACACCUCAGUGUAAGAACUGUGUCAUUUUUAGUAUCCCACGCCGUUUCUAUUUCUUGUUCCAUUUAUCUUUACUUUCUUCAAUAAUCAUCCUAGUCUUCUCUAUUCUUGAACCUCACAAUUUUCCAGUCUGUGAAGUAGUUUGCUGCUAUCUCUCUCAAAAACAAAGAUCCACUUCAAAUACUUUCUUGGAAAGCUUCAGCUAAAUCUGUAAAAUUGUUGAAUAUCUGAAAAUCCAGAUUCACUCAUAGAUAGCUCUGAUCCCCUAAUAAGUGCUGGCAGCUGCUCUCUCCCAGCGAAGAUGUCUCUGUCAUCAUGUGGACAUCAGUUUUGCUAAAUCUCAUCGCCAGUCCAGGGUUCUGUGGAGAGAUUGCAGAGGGUGGGACCGGCCAGAGGAUGGGAUUAGAUGAAAAUGUGAUUCUGCCCUCUAGACAGAAAAUCCUAGGUGACAGAAAAAGAUUCUGUACUCUUCAGUUGGUGUGUAAGAUUGCCUAUCUGGUGUCAUGGAGAUUUCCUGCUCAGCAAAUUGUCCGGGCAGAGUUUGCAUUAGAUUCUGUAGACCUCUGUCAGUCGGUGUGAUAAUCAGUAACCACAUGUGACAAAAUGACCACUUGGCAUGUGGCCUGUCCAAACUGAGAUUGUGCUGUUCACAUACAAUGCACACAUUUUGAAUAUACAUACCAGGAAAUGCAUAUCAGAAAGAGUAUACAUAUCUCAUCAAUAAUUUAGAUUGAUUACAAAUAAUAUGUUGGAUCUAUUGAUUAAAUAGAAUAAUAUUUUCAUAAAUAUUAUAUGUUACCACUUUUAAUCUGUUUUUAAUGUGCUACUGAAAAAUUUAAAUUAGAUAUGUGGCUAAUGCUGUACUUGUAUUAGACAGUGCUGCACUAGACUUGGUGUAAGGUAGGCAGCAAAAUACCAUAUGUGGGAAGAUAAUUUCUGUGAAGCAUCCAGAUAGAUGAAAACAUCACAGAUAUUUUUGCUGGAGUCAGGUGCAUUGUGAGGAACAGAACACCCCCCAUAAAACAGAAAAUUUUUCUGCCUAACAUCAAAUAUAUUAUACAUAUCUCCCCAAUUAAAAAACAAAAGCAAGUGGGCCCCCAACUGCCUAGGAGCUAUUUGCUACCUUGGUGUGCACUUUUCUAGUAUCUUCCAGGUGCCAAGGAUGCUAGCCACAUGAUUGUGGUGGGUGUAUUGGUCUCAUGUUGGGCAACAUUCUCUUGAGGUUUCCCCUCCCCAGGUAUUGUUUUGUCUGUUCAAAGCUGGGUGUGUUAAAUGCUGUGCAAAUCCUGCUGUUCUCCAUGUUCUUUGUCUCAGCAGAAGCCGAGCCAGUGGCCUGUGCCCCCUGCCCAGCAGGUUUUGAUGUUGGUUCCUGAAAGAGUUUUUAUUUAUUUUAUUUUGCACUAGUCACAGUUAAUUGUUUAAAUUCUCUCAAAUGUUUUGAGAGAAUAUUUGCCUGUGAUGGAAAGAGAGAUGGAUGAUUUAUUGCUUUGAUUGUUUUAAAUUAAAAGCUAUUCUCACAAUC